AUGAUCGAGAAGCCGCCCAUCAGGAUCGGAAACGUCUCCGGCGCGACAGGCGACCACCCGCACGCCAUGGCACGCAUGAUCCGCUCCGGCAACGUCCAGGUCAUCACGGGCGACUGGCUCUCCGAGAUGAACAUCGCCUGGAACGCCAUCGCCAGGCGCGACGUCGACCCGGGUCUCGGGUACGAGAACGGCUUCUACGAGCAGCUCGAGGCGUGCGUCGACGACGUCAUGGCCGGGGGCAUACGCGUCGUCACCAACGCCGGGGCACUGAACACCGCCGCGCUGUUCGACAAGGUUAAGACGCUGUGCAGGGCGAGGGGGCACCCCGAGAGCGCGGUCGCCGCGGUGCUGGGGGACGACGUGUCGGGCCUGCUGCGGCACGGGUCGGGACGGAAAGACCUGACGUUUCCGCACCUGGACCAUCCAGGUACCACGCUCGAUGACUGGGGCUUCGAGCCCUGCUGCGGCAACGCGUACAUCGGAUGCUGGGGGAUCGUCGAGGCCCUGAGGGCGGGUGCGCGCAUCGUCAUCUGCGGCCGAUGUACCGAUGCGUCGCCCGUCAUGGGCGCCGCGGCGUGGUACUACGGUUGGCGGGAAGACCAGCACCAGGAGCUCGCGGGGGCGUUGCUGGCGGCGCACCUGAUCGAGUGUGGGCCGUACGUGGUGGGCGCCAACUUCUCCGGCUUCAAGAACUUCCUCCCAGAACUCGUCGACCUUGCUUUCCCGGUUGCCGAGAUUGCUCGCGACGGAGGGUGCGUCAUAAGUAAGACGGUGGAGGGUGGCGGGCACGUAACCCGGCACACGGUCACGGCCCAGCUGCUGUAUGAGCUGCAGGGACAUCUCUACCUCAACCCGGACGUGGUCGCCGACCUCUCGGACGUUCGCGUUGAGGAGCAGAAGGGCACGGGAGAAGAUCGUGUGCGCGUUUGGGGCGCCAAGGGGCUGCCGCCUCCGCCCACCACCAAAGUCAUGUUCGCAGCGGAAGGCGGUUAUCAGGCCGAGGCCACUUUCUACAUUAAUGGACUGGAUGUGGAUGAGAAGGUGGCCAUGAUGAAGAACCAACUGGCUCAUCUCUUCAAAGACGCCAACUUCAGCCGGCUGAGCAUCGAGCAGUACGGCACGCAGGUGCGGAAUCCCAGCUCACAGCAGGCCGGCACUGUGCAGCUUCGGGUGUUUGCGCAGGCGCGGAAGAAGGAGGACAUCGCAGCCGUCAAUUUCAAGGUUCCGAUAUACGCCGUGCGGAUGCAGAGCUAUCCCGGCUACCACAUGUCGCUGGACUUCCGAACGAUGGACCCAAAGAGGUUCAUGGAAAUCUUCCCGGCGUUGAUACCGCAGUCGGCCAUCGACCAUCGUGUUCUCUUAGGUACGGGGGGGUCGAUAGCUAUCCCGCCGCCCGGAAACACCGCAACGUACAAGGUUCUUCGACCGUCUGCUGAUACGACAGAUCCCGUAGACCUGGUCUCACUGGGCCCCACGGAGUUUGCGCCGCUGGGCAGCAUAGUCCACGCACGGUCUGGCGACAAGGCCGAUAACUCCAACGUCGGUUUCUUCGUUCGAAACGAGGACGAGUAUCCUUGGCUCCGGACGCUGUUGACCGUCUCCCGUCUGAAGCAACUGCUUGGCGAUGACUGGUUCAAAAACAAUCCGGAUCGGAGAGUGGAGCGCGUUGAGUUUCCCGGCAUCAACGCCGUGCACUUCCGUAUCCUCGAUAACUUGAACGGAGGUAUCGCGUCUUCCGAUCGCAUAGACGGUCUUGGGAAAGGUAUUGCAGAGUACUUGCGAAGCAGGUACAUUGAUGUGCCACGAGCUUUCCUUCAAAGAGGUCGGAUAUAA